AUGUCCAGAUCAUUCUACGUCCUAGCAAAUGUCGGGAACAUUAGCUUUCAACUCGCACUCGAUACCGCCUCCUCAGACUUGUGGCUCCUCUCCUCGGACUGCACGUCUAGCACAUGCUCGUCCAUACCACAAUAUCCGCUCACGUAUGAGAGUUCGACGUUUGGGAUCGUUAAUGGGAACUUGACUGAGUUUAAUGUCAGUUUUGCGGAUACGACGGGAGUAUCCGGUUUCGUCGCACGGGAAGAAAUCAUGCUAGGGCCCGCCGCGAAUCUAACAAUGCAGAACCAAGCAAUCGGCUUGGUCACACAAUCCAACGUCACCUUCGUCGACGACAUCAGCGGUCUCCUUGGUUUAGGUUUUCCCCGGCUCUCUACUAUCAACGCUCUGGCAGCUAAUGCCACCCCAUUCUUUUCAAACCUCGCCCAGCAAGUCCGACUCGAUUAUCCCCUCUUCGGCCUCAGUCUUACCAGAAACGCGACUCCGGGGUCGUUAGCGCUCGGCGCAAUCGACUCCUCCAUCGUCCAAAACCUCACCAACAUAGCCUGGUCCGAAGUCGUGCCCUUCCGGCCGUUCAGCGGUAGUGCCGAGGCGCUGGCGGGCAAUGCGAGCAGUUAUUUGCAGUGGGCUGUCGGGAUGGGUGAUAUUUUGGUCGGCUCCACUACGGUAACACCACGUCCAACAUACUCAGAAGCAAACUCGAAUACGUCGAUAGCGCUGUUCGAUGUUGGCACAACGGGUAUCUUUGGGCCAUGGCAAGAUGUCGCUCGUAUAUUUGAUUCCAUGACCGGGAGUCGGUUAGUUGACGUUGAGGGCGGUAUCUGGGCUAUGCCUUGCGAUACCACCGCUACUAUGACUUUCACAUUCAGCGGUCAAAACUUCACCCUCCUACCAUCAGACUACCUCGCCGGCCCCAUCUCCUCGGACACGAACGAAUGUAUCGCCUACCCCAACGCCCUCUCCCCGUCCUCCGACGGCAUCGACUGGCAACUCGGCUCUCCCUUCAUGCGCACCGUCUAUUCCGUCUUCAGCUACGGAAUCACAGGCAAAGAGCCACCCAUGAUCGGUCUCUACCCCCUCAACGACGCCUUCGCUUCCUCUUCCUCCACCUCUUCCUCCUCCUCUUCGACCACCGAAGCAGCAUCAGUCCCCUCCGCCCUCCCCCUCUCCCAACUCUCCGCCCUCUUCGCCUCCCUCUCCCUAACCCAAACCUUCGACCUCCCCAACUCCCUCCUCUCAACCCCCACACUCACCACCCCGACCUACACCUUCAACACAUCCAUCGCGACCACCGCGCUCUCCGCCACGCUCGCCACAUCGACGUAUUCAGCCGUGUUCACGUCCGUGCCGGGCGCGACGGCGGAGAGCGUGGGGAAUGUUACGGCGUUGCCCGUGGAGAGUCCGAGUCCGACGCAGCAGACGGUGGUGGUGACGGAGAGUGGGGGACAGGUGGUGACGACGACGAGUGUGGCGCCGACGAGGAGCGUGCAGUUGGGUGUGCCGUAUGGGUGGGCGAGUACGAAUUCGGCGAGGGGGAGAGGGGGCGGUGGUGCUGGGGUAGCGGUUGCAGUGGCUGUUGGUGGGUGUUUGAUGGGUGGAGUGGGUUUGCUUCUAUAG